GACUGGAAACAACGAUUGUUUGCUGUUUACCCGAGCUCUUAAAGGCCGAAAUCAACAAAGGCUCACCCUAAACUAAAUGACGCUAGGGGGACAUGUGUGGAGGGUGGCGCAUCACACAUCUGGAGGAGGGAGCUAUUUGCAGCAUCAGAUGAUCCGAGCAUCAGCAGCCUUCGCCUAUUAGUUCAUCUUUAUGAAGACAGUCCAACUUGACAGUUUUUCCUGAUGUGCGAUUGUCAGUUCCGCUCGGGGUUUUAAGGUGCUUUGAUCACAUCGGACGCAGGAAGUGUUUUGCACCCACAUGGGCAGCGUUCUGGCUUUGUCUUCCGGUCCGGGCCAUCAGAACUGGCCUUUCUCCACGGACCCCCCUCCUUGCCGCUGGGACACUCAUCCUGCUCACUGGGACAGUCCACCACGCUGGGAGAGGAGAGAUGGACGGCUACCUAACCCAGGCAGCUUUCACUCUCUACACAGGAGUUGCAAAGAUGUGUUUCCUCAGCAGAUUGAGGGAGUCAAGAUGAUCGUCAAUAAAACUCUGAGCAGCUUCUUCAAGGUCAGUCACACACUCCACCUCAGCGCUGUCAGUCCUUCGUACUAUCGUUUCCACGUGGAGCAUCUGCAGUCUGACGAUUACAGCAAGGACAAGGAUGCCCCGGCAUUGAUCGGUGAGAUGGAUUCUUCAGGCAGUCUGAACGCUCACGCUCUGCUGCAUCUCUCUGAGCGUGUACGAGCCAGAACGGUGUUCCAGACCCAGCAGUCCCAGUUUGUAACGUGGCAAUUUGAAACUGAGUACAGAGGGAACGACUUCACCGCUGCAGUGACAGUAGCUAACCCAGACGUCCUCAGAGAGUCAGUUAUACUAGUGACUCACUUCCUGCAGAGUGUGUCCUCUGGUUUGGUGUUAGGAGGGGAGCUGGUCUACCACCGAGGCCGAGCAGAGGAGGGAGGAAUUCUUACUUUAGCUGGACAGUAUUCUAGACCAAACUGGGUGGCGACACUGAAUGCUGGGAAAGGAGGUGCUCAUGCUAGCUACUAUCACAGAGCCAACAAACAGAUCCAAGUCGGGGUGGAGUUUGAAGCCAGUACCAGGACACAGGAGACCACAACCUCGUUUGGGUACCAGAUGGAACUCCCAGAAGCCAACAUGGUCUUUCGAGGUAUGAUAAACAGUCGGUGCAUAAUAGGAGGUGUGUUGGAGAAGCGUCUGACCCCGCUCCCUGCCACCCUGAUUAUGGGCGCGUUUGUAAAUCACCGCGGUGACAAGCUGCAAGUGGGACUAGGUGUCAACGUGGGCUAAUCCUCCACUAACACCAGCUGGAAUUACAACUGACUGUCAGGAUGUCCGUCCAGAGACCUGCUUCAUAGGCAUGACUUGAUCUUACAAGGUUUAUCAGUCUCACUAAAAACACCUCCUGUGAACCACCUUUGCAUUGUUUGGGUCUGGAAUCCCAAAAUGUUUGCUAAAAUGAAUGCAUCUCAUCUUGCAACCUACCUCUCAAAACGGAGGUGAAGGAUUAAACGGAAAGAAUGGAUCAACAUUUUGAGGGGCUCGACAACUGUGGCUGGAUAUAUUUUGCUGCCCCCAUGAUGUUGACUCUGCACAUUGCCUACUAGACAAUGGAAACGGAAAGAAUAAGAGGCAGAAAAUAAUAGUUUUAUACUGUAGGUAUUCAUAUAGACACUUAAUGUACAUAGAUUGUAUUAGAAGAUUAUAGUGUUUUUCAUGUUUUUGCCCAUUAACUAGAAUACUUCCUGCUGUUUGUAAAACUAAUGAGUUUUGCUAUCUUGCAAGCAGCCACUGAUAUACAUAUUUGAAAAUUAACUUGUAGAAACAGGAAAUUUGCUUUGGAUUAGUAAUACAAAUUACUAAACUCAUAUAAUUCUUUUCACAUUGUCCCAAUUGACUUGCUUUUUAGCAUCUGUCUCCUAAAUUUUUAAUUUUUGGGCUUCCCAGUGCUUGAAUGCACAAACACAAAUGAGGUUUAACACAGCUUUGGGUUUCCAGUAACAACAUGACACCAACAGAGAGUCAAUGCCUAAAGGAUCGAUGUAAAAACAAAGCGGUCGGUAGUGCUUUGUGCAAGUUUCAGUAAAUGGGUGAAAUCAUGCUAAAACACCAGUAUGAUCCUUAAAGUUGUGUGUGUGAGUAAGUGAUUGUACGUUUGAUUGAGUCUUUCUUCGCCAGCGUAUAACAGUGUGGGAGAGCUCCACACGCUAACACAUACUAACCCUAUGACUCAAAAAGAAAAGGUGCUGCUCCAUAUACUGUACACUAACCUCCAGCUGAGGGAUGCCAGGAUGCCAGUAUGUAUAUAGACAGCGGCGUGUGGAAACACUGAUCUGUAUGCAACCUGCACUACUCACGCUGCUUUAAGGGAAUAUCCAGUCCUGUUUAACAUAUGAAAUGUUGCAUAUGUAUUAUAUAUACAUUAUGUAACCUGUACGCAAGGAAAGAAGUGGAAGGGAGUGACUGUCUUUUUGGACUUAAUUUAUUAAAGAUGUUAUUUCUAUCAGA